UCUUCAGCUUUGCCUUCACUGGUUUCAUAAUGUUGUCUAUGUUUCAGAUUGCAUUAGGGGUUUCAAAAGUUGGUCAACUGUUACCACAGCCGGCUGAGGCAGUGGUUCUUUCCGCUCCAGGAGGACUGGCCACGGCAGAGAAGACCGGUAAUACUGAUACACAGACAUCAGCUGGCGGGAUCAAAAGAGGUGGGGUCAUAGGAGCAACAGCAGCGAAAGGGUUAGUGCAGCUGAAGGAUCGUGGCGUCCAAGGGGGGAACUUAAAUGAGGGCGAGGUUUACCACCACUCGACAACUGAUCACCUAGACAUCGCAAAUGGAGGAGCGGUCGUGACGCGAGAUGUGAAUACUAAUGCGAGGUUUACCGAAGGGAAAGCUGGAGCAAAUAUCCCAGGGGUGGCAAGCGUUAAUACAGGUGUUGCAGGAGUUCAGGGUUCAAAGAACUCAAAAGGGGUGGGUUCAAAGAACUCUAAAGGUAAAUACUAGGAGAAAGCUGCAAAGGAGGCCAGGGUCGUCUUUUUAUGUAAUUGUUGUUUGAGUUUGAAAAUUUCCAAAAUAUGUGAUUGUGUUUUUAUUUUUAUCGGUAAAAAAGAAAGAAUUUUGGUGCUGGCGAGUCUCGAACUGCAACGGAGGCUAGGAUAGUCUUUAUAUGUAAUUGUUAUUUUAGUUUGUAAAUUUC